CAAAACAUGUAUAUAUAUAUGCCGAUGUUCCUGAUUGAACACAGCUAAAACAUUGGUAUUGCUGGCCAUUUGAGAUGAGUGAGAUCAGAAUAGCCAUGGGAAAGAUUCUGUUUGCUUUAUGCAUUCUCCUGAACUGUCAUGGGGUAAUCAGCUGGAAAAACAAGUGGGAUGGGCCGCUCAAUUUCCACUGCAGGUCCCCCUCUCAGUAUAUCGAUGCAGUUGUUUCGUUUCAUGACAAUUCUCGUGAAGACCGUCGAUAUGAACUCCACUGUGGUGAAACCGGUAGACGAGGCAGGGAUAUUCGUUGUCAAUGGACAGGUUAUGUCAACGGAUAUGACCACGCCGUUCAUUACCAGUGUCCUGGGGCGGGUUAUAUAAACGGCAUGGCUAGUGUUCACCACAACGGCGCAGAAGACAGACGUCACAGAUUCCGUUGCUGUGGACCGCGACGUUCAAAUUAUCAUUACAAGAACUGUCGCUGGACGGGAUGGCUGAAUCACUAUGACCAUCCCGUCGUAUAUUUCGUACCGAGAGGAUAUGUCCUGCGAGGGGUCAACAGCAUCCAUAACAAUCGUUUUGAGGAUCGGCGAUUCCAGUUCGAAGUAUGUCGAUUGGUUAAGAAGUAAUACACCACAGGAGAAAAUGCUGAAUGUGAUGGAAACUAUCAAUAAAGAAGAACGCCAUCGUUCUAGUAACAGUA